UCCGUGUCUUGUUGCCAUCUCGACAUUCCGUCCCGACGCUCUUCUUCUCCUCCGACUCAUCCACGUCGGCAACACGUCCCUUUCGCGCCAGUCCUUUCUUCCGAACUCCUCUUCCCUUUCAGGCGCAGCAACUGAAUCCGCGCCACGUCUGUCCCUUUUCUCGUCUCUGCCUCACCAACGCACAGACGAUGCAACGUCACCAACGCACCGGCCGCCCUCGAGAUGGACCGGCAAUCCGUGCCCACGACACGCCUCGUCACUCGCCUCGACCUCACAUUCCACGACCCACUCCUGAGCCGCCUCCGCAACGCAUUUCUGCAGGUUGCGCAGUCCCCGAAGUCUGUCAACCUUCACAACUACCCACACCACCUUCAGCUACCAGAGCACAAAUGGUCGCUGAAGAUUCAGGAAGUCGUCAACUGCCAGAAAUACACACAAACUUCACCGCAUCCGAAGUCUCCGGAGGCCUCCAAGUCCUCAAGACUCGUGGAAUAUCCCGAAUUUUCGAAGCUACCACUAAGCCCACAUUGCCUGGAGCACUCAAAGACCUAGAAGCUCAUGGAAUACCUCAAUUUCCGGAUGCAUCCACGAAGUCCACAUUUCCUGGAGGACUCAAAGACCACGAAGGUCAUGGAAUAUCUCAAGUUCCUGAAGCUUCCACGAAUUUCACGUAUUCAGGAAGCGUCAAAGACCUCGAAUGUCAUAGAAUGCUACAGUUUCCUGAUGUUCCCACAAAGUCCACAUUUCCUGGAGGCCUCAAAUACCACGAAGGUCAUCGAAUAUCUCAAGUUCCCAAAGCUUCCACGAAUUUCACAUAUUCAGGAGGCGUUGAAGACCUCGAAUGCCAUGGAAUACUACAGUUUUCUGAUGUUGCCAUAAAGUCCCCAUAUUCUGGAGAACACAAAGACCUCGAAGCUCAUGGAAUAUUCCAAGUUCCUGAUGUUUCCGAAAAGUCCACAUUUUUCGGAGGACUCAAAGACCUCGAAGCUCAUGGAAUACCUCAAGUUCCCGAUGUUAAAAUGAAGUCCACAUUUUCU